GGAGGCGGAGAGGCGCGGAGAGCCGCGGGGGCCGCCGCCACGGCCGCCCGGUAGAUUUGUAAGACUCCAAGAUCUUCAAACAGUGAUUAAUCUGAUGAUUUCCUGAAGUGACUGGGAAAACAAGUACUUUAAGUGCAAGUGCUGGUAGAAGAAUGUGUUGGUGUAUAUUUAAAAUCCUCUCUCUAUACAUAUGAUUUACAUAAGAAGAGAAGCUCAUUCUUAUGCCAUUGAGAGUUUUACAACUGAUGCAAAUUAAUUUAAAAAUCAGAUGAAGCAACUUGAUACCACAAGGCUCAGGAGCCUCGGGAGAAACAUAUCACUAAUGGCCAAUUUUCCAUAUGGUGUUCACGGGUAAAGAAAGUUUGCAAAAAGAAGAAAAAAAAUUGCACAGAUUAAGCCUCAGAAAUACCUCUGCAGUUUAAAGAAGGAGUAUAAGUAGGGAAGUGUGAAUUCAAACAUUGCAAGUGGGAUCAUGCAGUGGUUUUUGCACUUUAUUUUUUUAUUGGGUUUGUGACUUGGACAGACUUUAAAAUUCUGGACAGAAAAGUAACUUUUACUGUUACUGUGGCUUCAGAAAACAAAUUUAGGUGUGAUGACACAAUUUUGAACAAUGAACUAAUUCCUUUGCUGUUUUUAUUUAACUAUAUUUGAGGAAUUUUAGUUUAAUUUUUUGGCUUUCCCUUUUCUGCAUCUGUAGGAGAGUUGGAAUUGAUAAUUACAAAUAUCAAGGAAAACUAAACAAAGCUGCUUUUUCAACUUGGGCUAAAGGCAUGAAAACAGGCCUUGCAUGUGGGCAUGAAGACGCUUGUUAUUGAAGCACGGUGACCCUCUUGGCAGAUGGUACAGUCUGAAGGACUCUGAUGGUGCCCUGGGUGUGUGCUGUAAGGAAUUGUUCAUCUUCUUGAGAUGAGGAAGACUGCGUAUAAGAAGAUUACUUGAUAGAUUUAAUUCUUAGGUUACAGUUUUUCAUUAAGAUAGUAAAAUACAUGAUCUUUAGGAGCAGAAUAGUGGGGAAGUAAAUAGGAAAUAAGAAAGGGAAAGGGAACAUCUUGCAGUGUAACUUGUUGGCAAGAAGAUUUAGGACUUGCCCAAGGCAAGGACUUGGUCCACUUGAGUAGCUUUAGCCUCUGCCUCAGCUGAGGAAAGGGGCUAGCUUUCUAGCUCUAUGGCAUGGAGGAGUGUACCCACCAGUGGAAAAGUCAUCCUAGAAAGCCCUGUGUUCCCUGGGGACACAGGGCCCAGUUUUGAGGCAGGGAGUUUCUGGUUCUGAACAGUAGGGAAACUGCUUUUCUUCCUAAAAUUUGGACUUCUGUCUGCACAAACUCUGGUCUGUUUUGCACGGUUUGUGUGCCUUUUUUUCCCUUUAUGCAAUCUUUUUCAGCUGUAGCAGCAGAAAUUUGUCUAGUUCAGAAAACAUGCCAGCGGGUGGCUUCAGAAGGAAGAUCCUGUGUAUUGUGUAUCUGAACUUUUGAAUAGAGAACUCCAGCUAGAGGGAUUCUUAAAGCCUUAAGUUACUUGAAAUCUAUGUAUUUGCAACCCUUUGUCUCUGGAAUCACAUUACUCAAAACUGGAAUCUCAGGCUGAAUGAGAAGUUGUAUAGAAAAAAGAAGAGAACCCUGUUUCUUGACCACCGCUUUCUGACAAAGCUCUUUGUCCAAAGGAUCAGCACGUUCUUCCUCUUCUAACGACUUGAAAAUAAAAAUGGAGCUCAUGUUUUUUUAGGCAUUCCCUUUUCUUAACAGACUGCCAUCAUCUUUUAUAGAGGAAUUUUUUCACUAUGCAUUUGGUGGAUCUUUAUAAAAUUCUGGCCUUCUAAUUAGUUCUAGGUCAGUCUUAAUUAAAGGGGGGAAAAGCAACAGAAGCCAACCACAAAGAUAAACAAAAGAAAUUGUUUCAAAUUUUUCAAUACUAAACUCUACUUUUUAAGUGAAAUAAUUUAUUGAAAGAAGUAUGUAUGCAGCGGUGGAACAUGGGCCUGUGCUUUGCAGUGACUCCAACAUCCUCUGCCUGUCCUGGAAGGGGCGCGUCCCCAAGAGCGAGAAGGAGAAGCCUGUGUGCCGGAGGCGGUACUAUGAAGAAGGCUGGCUGGCCACUGGCAACGGGCGCGGUGUGGUGGGGGUGACUUUCACCUCAAGCCAUUGCCGCAGAGACAGGAGUACUCCACAGAGGAUAAACUUCAACCUGCGGGGCCACAACAGUGAGGUGGUACUGGUGAGGUGGAAUGAACCAUACCAGAAGCUGGCUACAUGUGAUGCAGAUGGAGGAAUAUUUGUGUGGAUUCAGUAUGAAGGCAGAUGGUCUGUAGAGCUGGUCAAUGACCGAGGGGCUCAGGUGAGUGAUUUCACAUGGAGCCAUGAUGGAACUCAAGCGCUUAUUUCAUAUCGAGAUGGGUUUGUCCUGGUUGGUUCUGUCAGUGGACAAAGACACUGGUCAUCUGAGAUCAACUUGGAAAGUCAAAUCACAUGUGGCAUAUGGACUCCUGAUGACCAGCAGGUGCUGUUUGGCACAGCUGACGGGCAGGUGAUUGUCAUGGACUGCCACGGCAGGAUGCUGGCCCACGUCCUGCUGCAUGAGUCUGACGGCAUCCUCAGCAUGUCCUGGAACUACCCCAUCUUCCUGGUGGAAGACAGCAGCGAAAGUGACACAGACUCUGAUGACUACUCUCCUCCCCAAGAUGGUCCUGCAGCGUACCCCAUCCCGGUACAGAACAUCAAGCCUCUGCUUACCAUCAGCUUCACCUCGGGAGACAUCAGCUUAAUGAAUAACUACGAUGAUUUGUCUCCCACUGUCAUCCGCUCAGGGCUGAAAGAGGUGGUGGCCCAGUGGUGCACGCAGGGAGACUUGCUAGCUGUCGCUGGGAUGGAGCGGCAGGCCCAGCUCAGCGAGCUCCCCAACGGUCCUCUUUUGAAGAGUGCUAUGGUCAAGUUCUACAAUGUCCGAGGGGAGCACAUCUUCACGCUGGACACACUUGUGCAGCGCCCUAUCAUUUCCAUAUGCUGGGGCCACCGCGACUCACGGCUGCUGAUGGCAUCAGGACCAGCCCUGUAUGUGGUGCGUGUGGAGCACAGAGUGUCCAGCCUGCAGCUGUUGUGCCAGCAGGCCAUUGCUAGUAACCUGCGAGAAGACAAGGAUGUUAGCAAGCUGAACCUACCCCCCCGCCUCUGCUCCUACCUCUCUACUGCCUUCAUCCCCACCAUCAAGCCCCCAAUUCCAGACCCCAACAACAUGCGAGACUUUGUCAGCUAUCCUUCAGCGGGCAAUGAGCGUCUGCACUGCACCAUGAAGCGCACUGAGGAUGACCCAGAAGUGGGCGGCCCAUGCUACACACUUUAUCUAGAGUACCUGGGUGGGCUUGUGCCCAUCCUUAAGGGGCGGCGCAUCAGCAAGCUGCGGCCAGAGUUUGUCAUCAUGGACCCGCGAACAGACAGCAAAUCAGAUGAGAUCUAUGGGAACAGCUUGAUUUCUACUGUGAUUGACAGCUGCAACUGUUCAGACUCCAGUGACAUUGAACUGAGUGAUGACUGGGCUGCCAAGAAAUCUCCCAAAAUUUCCAGAGCUAGCAAAUCCCCCAAACUCCCAAGGAUCAGCAUUGAGGCCCGCAAGUCUCCCAAGCUGCCCCGGGCUGCCCAGGAGAUCUCCCGGUCUCCUCGGUUGCCGAUGCGCAAGCCCUCCAUCGGCUCACCCAGCCUGACGCGCAGAGAGUUUCCUUUUGAAGACAUCACUCAGCACAGCUAUCUUGCUCAGGUCACAUCCAAUAUCUGGGGAACCAAAUUUAAGAUUGUGGGCUUGGCUGCUUUCCUGCCAACCAACCUCGGUGCAGUAAUCUAUAAAACCAGCCUGCUGCAUCUUCAGCCACGGCAGAUGACCAUUUAUCUCCCAGAAGUUCGGAAGAUUUCCAUGGACUAUAUUAAUUUACCUGUCUUCAACCCAAAUGUUUUCAGUGAAGAUGAAGAUGAUUUACCAGUGACAGGAGCCUCUGGUGUCCCCGAGAACAACCCACCUUGUACCGUGAACAUCCCAAUUGCACCAAUCCACAGCUCUGCUCAAGCUAUGUCCCCCACGCAGAGCAUAGGGCUGGUACAAUCUCUGCUCGCCAAUCAGAAUGUGCAGCUGGAUGUCCUGACCAAUCAGACAACAGCUGUGGGGGCAGUAGAACAUGCAGGAGACAACGCCACCCAGUAUCCAGUUUCCAACCGGUAUUCCAACCCAGGACAGGUGAUUUUCGGAGGUGCAGAAAUGGGCCGCAUCAUUCAGAACCCUCCUCAGUUGCCCUUGCCACCACCGCCACCACCACCACAAGGAGCUGUGCAGAUGUCUGUAAUGGACCAUGGAGACCGAGACCACGAACACCUGCAGAAGUCAACCAAGGUCUUGCGGCCAGUGCCCCAGCUGGCGGCUGAGGGGGAUGCAGUAGUUUUCAGUGCCCCCCAGGAAGUCCAGGUGACAAAAAUGAACCCCCCACCUCCCUACCCAGGAACCAUUCCUGCUGCCCCCACCACAGCAGCACCCCCACCCCCUCUGCCACCACCACAGCCCCCAGUGGAUGUGUGCUUAAAGAAGGGCGACUUCUCCCUCUACCCCACAGCAGUACAUUACCAGCCUCCCCUGGGCUAUGAGCGGAUCACCACCUUUGACAGCAGUGGCAAUGUGGAGGAGGUGUGCCGGCCUCGCACUAGGAUGCUCUGUUCCCAGAACACCUACACCCUUCCUGGCCCAGGUAGCUCUGCCACCUUGAGGCUCACAGCCACUGAGAAGAAGGUCCCUCAGCCCUGCACCAGUGCUACCCUGAACCGCCUGACUGUCCCCCGCUACUCCAUCCCCACAGGGGACCCACCACCAUACCCUGAAAUUGCUAGUCAGCUUGCCCAGGGGCGGGGCACUGCCCAGAGGCCAGACAGCAGCCUCAUUCAUGCCACCCUGCGGAGGAACAACCGUGAGGUGGCACUGAAAAUGGCUCAGCUGGCUGACAGCUCCCGGGUGCCACUGCAGCCCCUAGCCAAGCCCAAGGGUGGCCCUGGCGGGGCAGUGGCACAGCUCCCAGCCCGGCCCCCACCAGCCCUGUACACCUGCAGCCAGUGCAGUGGUGCAGGGCCCAGUGCACAGUCAGGCACUGUCCUAGCUCAUGCUAUCAGCUCCUCCCCACUGACCUCCCAGUCCUCUUACAACCUCCUGAGCCCACCUGACAGCACCCGUGACCGCACCGACUACGUCAACUCCGCCUUCACGGAGGAUGAGGCCCUGUCCCCCCACUGUCAGCUUGAGAAGCCCCUGAGACAUCCCCCACUGCCUGAAGCCACUGUCACCGUGAAGAGGCCGCCUCCUUACCACUGGGACCCUGUGCUGGGUGAGGAUGUGUGGGUUCCUCAGGAAAGGACAGCACAACCUGCAGUGCCCAACCCCUUAAAACUGCCCCCUCUGAUGCUAGGGCAGGGCCAGCACCUGGAUGUGGCUCGAGUGCCAUUUGUCUCCCCCAAGUCCCCUGCCAGCCCCACUGCCACUUUCCAAACAAGCUAUGGGAUGGGAGUGCCAUAUCCAGGAAGCUAUAACAACCCCCCUCUGCCCGGAGUGCAGGCUCCCUGCUCCCCCAAAGAUGCCCUGUCCCCAGCACAGUUCGCACACCAGGAGUCAACUGUCGUCCUUCAGCCAGCGUAUCCGCCUAGCCUCUCCUAUUGCACCCUGCCCCCCACAUACCCAGGAAGCAGCACGUGCUCUGGUUUACAGCUGCCACCUGUCGCCUUGCACCCAUGGAAUUCCUACAGCACCUGCCCACCUGUGCAAAACCCCCAGGGCACUCUCCCGUCUAACCCCCAUUUAGUGGUGGAGAAGCCCCUUGUAUCCCCACCACCCGCUGACGUCCAAAGCCACAUGGGCACAGAGGUGAUGGUAGAGACUGCUGACAACUUUCAAGAAGUCCUCUCCCUGACGGAAAGCCCGGUCCCCCAGAGGACAGAAAAGUUUGGGAAGAAGAACCGGAAACGCCUGGACAGCCGAGCAGAGGAAGGAAGUGUUCAGGCCAUCACUGAGGGCAAAGUGAAGAAGGAGGCUAGAACUUUGAGUGACUUUAAUUCUCUCAUCUCCAGCCCCCGCUUGGGGAGAGAGAAGAAGAAAGUGAAGAGUCAGAAAGACCAACUGAAGUCAAAGAAGUUGAACAAGACAAAUGAAUUCCAGGACAGCUCCGAGAGUGAGCCUGAGCUGUUCAUCAGUGGGGACGAGCUGAUGAACCAAAGCCAGGGCAGCAAGAAGGGGUGGAAGAGCAAGAGGAGCCUUCGGACAGCCAGUGAGCUAGAGGAGUUCAAGUGCCGCAAAGCCAGCGAGAAGGACGAUGGCCGGCUGGGCAGCCAGGGCUUUGUGUAUGUGAUGGCCAAUAAGCAGCCUCUGUGGAACGAGGCCACACAGGUGUACCAGCUGGACUUCGGAGGACGGGUGACCCAGGAGUCGGCCAAGAAUUUCCAGAUCGAGUUGGAGGGGCGGCAGGUGAUGCAGUUUGGACGGAUUGAUGGCAAUGCAUACAUCUUAGACUUCCAGUACCCCUUCUCAGCUGUGCAAGCCUUUGCUGUUGCCCUGGCCAAUGUGACUCAGCGCCUCAAAUGAAGAGACCAGUACGGGAAGAAAGAUGCCACAGAGCCUUCAGAGGUAGAGCCCAUGCUGCUGCUAGCCAGGGGACCUGGAGACAACAGCAGAAGUGGGAGAGCCCGUCAAGCCCGGAAGGCACUGGCCUUUCGGCGUGUCGUUUAUUCUAUUACCUUUAUCAUCUGUCUUUCCUUUCUUCUUUAACUAAAGUGUUAUUUGCAAGGCAAGGGUGUGAAAUGCCUGGUGUUCUUUCAGACAGUGUUUAGUGGCUGCAGAAACACUCUGCUGAGUUUGCUUCUCAGUGACCAGGACAAGGGCCUUUGGAGAGAAGACAGACUGCCUUCUAGCCUGCCUGCUAUUUUAGACAUAGGGAGUGUGUGUUAGUGUUCAUUUUCCACAACAUCUGGCCUUUAUUACUCUUCCAACAUUAUCACUAGUGCAAAACACAAACUUCAGAAAAUAAAAACAACCCCAAAUCCUGAAGAUUCAGGCUCUUUUAUGGGGAGAGGGCAGCAUUUAAUUCACAUAUAUUAUGGUACUCCCCAAAAGAUGACUUGAUGGAUGAAGGAUAUGAGGGCAAAUGCACUGUAUUCCACUCACGAAAGUAGGUAUGUGCAGAGGUACUAUCAUCAGCGUGGAUGUGGUUUGGUGUCAAAGAAGGGGUUAUAAACAGGUGAGGAAUGAUGUGCCCAUGUAGACAAAUACUUGGGGGACUCAUUGGUGUGAUUUAUAUAAAGACUACACUUCUCUUCCAGAAGACUCCAAUAUAAACAUCACAUAUGAUGUCAGAUGUUGCAUAGGAUCAAUGAUAACUGUUGAGUAAGAUGUCCUGAAGGUAAGAGACAGCAGUGAAAAGAGCCCAGGGAUUAUGUCUGAUAAAGGGUAUGACAGUCAGUAGAACCCAAUUUACUGAGCAAGAUGGUAUUGCCUCUAUGCCUUUUUAAAAAAAUCUCAAACACAUUAUUGCAAACAUAUUUCUCAUUAGAUAUCAUUGAUGUGUCAUUUCCCUUUCUAAAAGUAUGGAUGAGACUUGAUUUGAAGCAAUUCUUUCUUGGUUACAUUAAAAUUCAGUUGACUAGAAAUGCUUUCCAUCAAGUUACAUAUGUAACCCCCCAAAAUUGAAGCUUUGCCAGGAUAUGAAAAAGUAGCAGUGUAGUCAAAUCCUUGACAACUGCUCCAUGAUACUCUCCAGGUAAUGGGGAGAGCUUUUUAUCCGUCUAGACUGUUUUUACUGAGGUGAGAAACUACUAAGAAAACAUCGUUAAAAAAUGACUAUACCUAUGGCGGUUAGAUGUCUGUUCUUUGUUAGUUCAGCCUAGAAGAUCUUUGCCCACUUAUCUAUAAUGAGAUGCUGCCAAUACGACCUAGUUUGCUUUUGGUUACUCCUACUGAUAUUGUUUCAGGAUAGAGCAUGACAGCUGACUGCUAGCUUUGACACAUAAAUUUAGAUUGUAUUUGGAAACAGGAAAGUGGAAGAUGCAUACAGGAAAGUAUUUUCAAAUUGAAUUUAAUUUUCAAACUGAAGUAGUUUUUUUAACUCACUGAAUUUGGUUGGAGAAUUAGAAAAGAAGCCGGCCUAUUCCUUUGCCAAAUUACUUACCAUUCUUUACAACUUCCAAAUCAAUACUGAGUAGGUUUUUAAAUACGGUAAAGGACAUCUUCCAGCUAAUACUGGAAUUCCCAGUUUAUGCUUAAAUGUGUGGAGAUAGAUUCUUUGGUGGGUAAAUUCUUCCAGAAAGAAAUUAGUGGUGUGUUUCAGAGUUCCCUAGUUUUUUAUUUAGGUAUUUAUAGCUUGAUAUAGCAUUUCAUUGCUUAUUUUUAGUAGUGCAAUAAUAGUUGUAGACUGAUCUUGAAAUGAUUUAAAUGUAAUUCCUCUAUUUUUGCCUGUCCAAAAGGUAAUUAUUUAUCUUGUUUUUCAUAGUAUUUUUGGAGUUAUUUUGUUUCUAUGUAUUUGUGAGUUAUGCCCAUUAUUUAUUUAGAAAAGAAAUGGUAUCUUUGUAAUGACUUAUUUGGUAGCAGUUAUUUCGCCUCAAGAAAUAAAAGAGAACAUGACCGAAGAUGCUUUGCCAAUAAUUUGUAACUUUUUCUAAUUGGGAAAAAGUCCUAUUAGUCCUUUAAAAAGAAUUCAUUUUUAUUUCAUGGUGGUGGUUUAUACAGAGGAGGGUAUUUCUUUGAGAUAGCAUACCCUAAAAUAAUAUUUCUUUUAUUUGAAGUGUGUAUAUUUAAUUAAAACAAGAAUAGAAGGAAAUAGGGGAAGUGGGCAUCUAGGAGAUAAGUAGUGGAAGGAGGAAUUCUUAUGAAACCACUCAACUUUCUAAGUUCUGGUUCUACAGAUAUAAAGGCCACACAAUAAGUAAAUUUUUAAAACUUUUUUUUUUUUUUAGUAAGAACAAACAAAUGGUCAGUCACUCCCCAAAAGGUAUUUACACACACGGAGAUGUUAGCAACGAGUCUGCAGGGAGAAUGAGCACACACCACCUACACCACCUACAGGCUGACUCUACCCCAGGCCUGAGACUCAGUCUCAGGUGCCAAAUCAGUCACUGGCUGCCGCAGUUAAGAUAUGCUGUCUUUUAAAGCCAUAAUAGUGGCUUUAUUUAUGUAAAA